CGCAGAGCGGCGGCGGGCACGGAAGCGGCGGGGCCGGGAGCUGGCGGCGGCCGGAGAGGGGGCAGGUGCCAGAGCCGCCCACCGCCGCUGCCCGCGGGGCGGGGGCGCCCCGGCAGAGCCCCCCGGGCCCUAUGGUGCCACGGCGGGACCCGCACCCCGCUCGCCGCCUUCCGACGGGCCCCGCGGAGCGGCGCGGGGCAGCGCAGCCCGCCGGCCCCGGGAAUCGGCGGGCAUGAGGAACCUGCCGAUCCUCCUCCUCUCGCUCUGCUGGAGCCUGGGGCGGGUGAAUGGUAUCCAUCCAGAAUGCAGAUUUCAGUUGGAGAUUCACAAGGAGGAAACAAGGUGCAUGGAACUUCUAAAGAGUGCAAAGCCAGUGGACUACAACGGAUGUGUUGGAGUUUGGGAUAACAUCACCUGUUGGCGUCCUGCAAAGAUUGGAGAGACUGUCACUGUCCCUUGCCCAAAAGUGUUUAGCCUUUUUUCUGGAAAACCAGGAAAUAUUAGCAAAAAUUGUACAAGUAAUGGAUGGUCAGAUAUUUUUCCUGACAUCUUAAGUACUUGUGGAUAUAAUGACUAUGAAGAUGAUUACAAGGUCAACUUCUAUGUGAGGGUGAAAGCAAUUUAUACGCUUGGACACAGCGUAUCUCUGAUUGCUCUUACAACAGGGAGUAUAAUUCUUUGCCUUUUCAGAAAACUUCAUUGUACUCGGAACUACAUCCAUCUGAACCUGUUCCUCUCUUUCAUUCUAAGAGCAAUCUCUGUUUUAGUCAAGGAUGAUAUUCUCUAUUCCAGCUCCAACACAGCUCACUGUCCAGAGGAUCAAACCUCAUGGGUGGGCUGCAAGGCAAUUUUGGUAUUUUUUCAAUAUGGUGUUAUGGCAAACUUUUACUGGCUCUUAGUUGAAGGACUUUACCUCCACAUCCUCCUUGUGCUAAUAUUCUCCCCCAACAGACACUUCACAAUCUACUUGCUGAUAGGAUGGGGAAUUCCUACCAUAUUCAUUAUUACUUGGACAGUGACACGGAUCAUUUUAGAGGACACUGGUUGCUGGGAUACAAAUGAGCAUGGUGGUCCCUGGUGGGUUAUACGAAUACCAAUUUUAAUUUCUAUUAUAGUGAAUUUUAUACUUUUCAUUAGUAUUAUAAGAAUAUUACUGCAGAAGUUAAGAUCUCCAGAUGUUGGAGGAAAUGACCAAUCACAGUACAAGAGACUUGCAAAAUCCACAUUGUUGCUUAUUCCGUUAUUUGGAGUUCACUACACAGUGUUUGCUCUAUUUCCUGACCGCAGUUCCAAUAAUUAUAAAAUAAUCUUUGAGUUGUGUUUGGGAUCUUUUCAGGGAUUGAUUGUUGCAGUCCUGUAUUGUUUUUUGAACAGUGAAGUGCAGGGGGAGCUGAAAAGAAAAUGGCGCAGUUUGUGUUGGAAGCAGACAGCAGGAAGGGAUUACAGACUCCACAGCUCUUCGAUUUCUCGAAAUGGAUCAGAAAGUGUUUCUCAGCUCCACCGGAAUUCAAGGGCUCACUCGUUUAUGCAGACAGAGACCACCAUGAUAUAAAUGAGCUAGGUCCCCCAAAACGUGAAAAACUGUGGAAUAUAUCAUUCAUUAUGCAGCUUGAUGUGAUAUUUUAUAAAAUGUACAGUUUAGUGCUUUGCUUUUCUACAUGUUGGUAUUUGGGAAAUUGGUUUGUGCUGCCGACCUGUUAAUAACAGAGAACCCUGCCCCAUGGAUGCAUUCUAUUUUGUUUAAAUGGUGUUCAUAUUGAUUCUGGUGUUCUCUUGCAGUUUACUAGCCAUAAGAAUUCAGCAGCUCAUUUUCCAUAAUGAUCCCUCUACCCUCCAGUGUGGCUCCAAGAUUGAUGCAUGGUAUCCUGCUCAAUGCAGACUGCUUUGGCAUAUGUUGUUAGGGUUAAGAUGGGAAGCAAGAAAAUUUCUUACACUUUGUUUAUACUUAAGGAAACAUUUAUUUCCUUAAGGAUAAGGAAAUUCUUUUCUGAGUAUGGAAAAUACAAUAAAAAUAAAGAAAUCUAAGACUAUAAUUAACCACAGUGGGAGUUCAGAGUGCUAAUCCAGGAAAUCAUGAACAUUACUUAUACAGAGAGUAAAAGGUUGGCUAAUUGUAUAAAUUUCAAAGAUUACUUUAUACAGAAUUUGAUUCUAAUCCUGUUGUUACUUUCAAAAGUGCCUAGUUUUAAGUUUAGGUGCAGAAAGUAGGGCUAUAUUUACAGUCCAACAGAAAAGACUACUAUAAAAGUUUUGAUUAAAACUUCAGCAUCUUCCAAUAGUGAUGUUCCAAUCACCAGUUCUCUUCUGUUUAAAGUGAGAGGUUUUUGUCAAUCUUUCAUUAAGCAAUUUUCUAAAGAGGUGUUUUAUUUGUCAAGCAGCCUCACAUAGGAAUAACAGCCUUGGAUUAAUUAACCAUUUCAAUUAACCGUUAAAAAUACCAUUUUUAUGUAGUAUUUUCCUUAAAAUAUAUCUCUAGAACUACAUACUUGGCAGCUAAAACAAGGAAUAUUGCAAUGAAGUUACAACUCCCAUUUAAGGAAUAAAGUAAAUUCUUUUAGUCUUAUUUAAUUCUGUAUCUAUCUGAGAUGAUUUAAAAUUUAGUCCUGACAGUGAUUCUAGAAAAAAAAAAUUGAGCAGAAUCCCUAAAAAUUACCAUAAAAGGCAUAAAGAAGGAGUUCUUAACAAUGCCAAGCCUCUCAUGCAACCACAUUUUUCAAAAAAAGAGAUAGAACUCACAGAGUCUUACAAAAAUACACAGAACAUCUGCACUCUUUAAAAGAAAUAAUCCAAAUGAUGUUUACUUCCCAUGUUACUUUUAACCAUGUCCACUAUUCAUAAUGUGUGGGAACAACAAAUAUUGGCAUGAGUGCCUCCAUAAAGGCAAUUGCCCUUUUAUUUCAGACAACAGAUUGUAUGAAGCUGGCAGAAUUUAAGGUCUUGUCAGAUAAAGGCAAGAACAGGAUCAAGGGCAUUUCUUGGCAGGCAUACACGUACAUUUUUGAAAAUAUUACCAAUAUUGGGAAUAUUGUUAGCAGCCGUCAAAGUGUCCCUACAAAUCUGAUUUAAUCUAGCUAUUUAUCAGUCAAACACAAUUUAUUUUCGUGGGAUUACUCCAGAGAGAUACAAAGUUUUGUCAGACCAAAGAUAGAAAAGGCGUCAUGGUUCUCACGGGUUCUGAAGAACAGGUAAUGUGGUAAAUGUUACAUGGCACCAGUCUUUACUCAGUAGGUAUCAUUUGAGUUAAACAAUAACCACUUCAUGAAUUGCUACUUUGCCAAACUUGACUUUAAGGAAACUAUUGAUCACCUCCAGUCAUUCAGGGUGUUUUCUGCUGUCAACUGGUGAAGUAGUUAUGAGAUUCUAGAUGGAAGUGGGCUGCACAAAGGCAGCCCCAUGGGGGUCUAAAGAUACACCCCUACAUAUAUAUUUAAACUAAAUAUAUUCCCAAAGGCUUUAGAUUCAGAAACCAUUACUAAACUUUAGUAAUUUUCCUGGAUCUCUGAACAACCUUCUCACAAACUCUUUAUUGCAAAUUAUUAAGAGCCAUUGGAGCUUUAGGGGUUGCUUUCAUACCUAAAUUAAACACAUCUGUGCACUUUAGGCUUCUUUGUCUGAAGUGGCAUUGUGACUGCUCAGUUCCCUGAGGUGUGAUGUGCAGGAUGUUCUUUUUUUCCCCAAAUUUCAAGGGUAGAAAGGCACAUGUGACAAGCAUUAAAGCAUGCUCACCUUUUUGCUCAAAUGAGGUUAUAUGAGAGAAUUAACACAGAGACAGAAUGAUGGUGCAGAAACAGGGGUUUCAAACAAUCAUUUCCAUCAGUCUGUUCUGCAUGAUGCAUCAUCAAUUAUACAUGUUUAUAAUACAUUGUAUCCUAGAGAAACCCAUCUUUGUUCUAAUUAGAUGAGCAUGGGGAAAACCUGCAUUUUAAUUAUUUCUGGAUUAUAACACAGAAGAGCCUUAAUAAGAAAACACAUUUUAAGUUGCAACAAAACAGCAUUGUGUCCUUUAACAGGUUGCAGAUGCAUUUGGACUUGAUUCCACUUUUCAGGUAGGAUGUAAUGCCAUAUGAGACAAGUUGCACCAGUGGGAGAACAGAGAUGGUAUCACUAAGUUUGUAAAGGACUAUGUGGAUGUACAAAGAAUGUCACACAGAGGAGAGAGGGGCUGCAUACAUUUUUCUUUCACACAGGGGAAAAGUACAGAACUUUGUAAAGCCUCAUCCCUCUAUUGAUAAUCUCAAUACAGAAAGGAUACUUUCUGAGAGACAGCUUAACUUCAUAGUGCUUUGUGGAAGCAUUAUCAUGGCAGUAAAGGUCCAGAGGGCACUGUGCUCACUUGCUUUAACUCCCCAAAAAUUUCUGAUUUCCAAACAAUUUUAUGCAAAAUUACAGCAUCAACCCUCUCAUCACCUCUUUGACUUCCAGUUGCCUUUUCAUGUACAGAUACACAUCAUAUUGAAAUGUAUGCAAAAGGUGCAGAACAGUUUGAGAAAUCUGGAACUUGAUUUCACUUGUAUUUUACAUCUUUACCACACCCAGAACAAGAUAGCUUCUCACGGCUUUGUCUUUCACUGCAUUUUGCACAGGAGUAUGGAAUUAAACAUUUUUGCUCUGUGCUAUGGUGACUCUUAAGAGUCAAAAGAACAAUGCAAGGAAACAUCAUUUGGCCUUCUGUCAUCCCCAAAUCUAGAUCUUGCUCAUUCCCAGCAGCAUGAGGGGAGGAAGUAGAGGCUGCAAACAAGCGUAACCUUUUUCUGCACAUCCUUGUCAUGUAGUUUUCCUUCCUUUCUUUAUUCCUUUACUGCCUUUCUCCCUUUGGUUGCAUCAGGGUCCAAGCUGAGUUGUAAAGUCUUCAGAGAAGGGAACCUGGUUCUUUUUAUCCCCAUUGAAAAGCCAGUAGCACACCUUGUAGUUACUGAACAAGAAUGAUAAUACAGUUCACUCUCUGGUACUGUGGUUGGUUGUACUUUAUCUUCCUUGGAGGCACCACUCAUUAUGUGUGAUUUCUGUCAGCAUUAACUGCUGCUGGUGCCUGAGGAGCACAGUAACAGUUUGCUUUCUAGUUACUAACCAUUAUUAAAAUCUAAAUAUAUAGCACACAUUGAGUUAAAUUUUCCUCUGCUGAGUCCAUUUCAGCCAGGUGUUCCGUAAAUGUGGGAGAAAUUCAUCUGACAUGGUUUUGGUAUCUAGAAGCUGGAUAUCUGCCUCUGAGUUAAAGAUUCCUUUUAAGUGCCUUCCAUAGUCAUCUUAGGGAAAUAGGCACUAUUUAAAGAUUAUUCAUUCCCUGUUCAACUGGGCAUCUAAGGUGGGUAAGCUGCAUGACCUUUUUUUCUGCAUUCACUAUAAAAGAAGCCCAGGACAUCUGGCUAGUACUUAAAUUAAUCAUUCUACGUCUAAAAUGAGGCAAGAUGAAUCUCUCCAGAAGAGAUCAUUCAGUCAUCUGGGUAAUA